UAAAAAAAAAGUUUUGAAGUAACGCAAAAACUUUUCGAAUAAGUAUUUUGAAUAUGGAACGUAGUUUUUUUGGCAUUAGGGUUUAUUGGAAAAUUCGUAACAGUGAAUUGUGAUCUAUCUAUAUUCUAAAACUAAACUUUUUAUUAUCAUAAUUUUAUUGUAUGUUUACGACAAGGCAUACAAAUAAUUUGGAUAGUUUAAAUGCUGUAUUUGCCAUUUAACUUUAAAUAGUUAGGAAGUGCUAAAUAAAUGGCUUUAGAUUAGGGUUCUGUUGUGGUGUUUAUUAAACUGUUAGUGAAGAUGCACGCCUGGUCGGGACAGGGUGGCGAUAUUAUGGGGCCUGCAGUCACACGUACAGGCAGCGCCAAAGCGAACACUCCGCCCUUGAAGAACGGAAGUGACUUGAGAGAAACUGGCUACCUCAUAGCAGUUGGCUCUAGGACAGCUAGGUUCCGGAGAAAACACAAGAACAAAAUGUUGCUAGUGACAUUUUUAGUUUUUCUUCUACUACUGUUGUGCUUAGCGGUGGUCAUGACGGUAUUAUACGUAAAACAAAAACGGCAUAAGCCAGUAAGAAUUUGUGAGAGUAAAGAGUGCCUGCGCUCCGCAGCCAACCUCGCCCUUUCCAUAGACAAGACGGCUGACCCGUGCGAAGACUUUUACCAGUACGCCUGUGGCAACUGGGCGGAGGACCACCCGCGACCCGAUGCCUACCGCUCCUACGAUUGGUUCCGGGACAAACAGACCAAGGUCUACACGAUACUACGGGACUUUCUCACCAAAAACACCACAGACCUACCCAAUCCUGUGCAGCAGGCAAAGGACAUGUAUAAAGCAUGUAUGGAUAUCGAUGUUUUAGACAAAUUAGGAUUAAAACCAGUUUUUGAGAUUCUAAAAGAACUCGGACUACCGCUUUACCCAACUUACUUGAAUGUAACGCAGAAUAACAAUUAUGAUGAUUAUAAUUUCGAUUGGAUCGAAACAGUCAUAAAGGUGAAGACAUACUUGGGAAUGGAUGUGUUAGUCGGUUUUGAUAUAUUUACGGACCCAAAAAACUCUUCUAUAUUUAGGUUAGUCAUGGGAUCGCCAGAAACUACAAACCCAUUUCCAAGUAUGCAUAACGAAAAGAAGCGACAUAACGGUCAUAAAAGUAAUAGUUAUUAUAGAAUACCAAUAAAUGAAGAAUUCGAUGAAAGCUUCACUGUUUCUUAUAAUCAUGAAAAGAAUCGCGAUGAAAAUGAAGACCAGAAAAGAGCGCAAGCAUACAAACUGUUUUACGCAGAGCUUAUGAAGCUAUUUGUCAUAGAAACUGGUAAUUUUACGAGUUCCAAUAUUAACGAAAUAGAAUUGGACCAGAAAAUCUUGGCCACUUCUAAUGAGUAUUAUAAUUUAUAUAAUGAGCUUUACGAGCUAGAAUCAGACAACGAAACUGAUACCGGUGACGAUGAUGCAUAUUUAAACAUACCCCAGUAUACAGCUGAUGAAAUUCAAGAACUUACAGAUACUGUAGUAAGCGAGAAUAAUGGCACAGUAAUACCGGUUUGGAAAAGAUACUUAGAAGGAGUAUUCAACAUAUCUGAUACAGAAUUAAACUUUGAGGAUGACAAAAUACUGGUCACUGAACCAGAUAUGAAGUAUUUAGCUGGUAUGGCAACAAUUAUAUCUAAAACACCACCGGUUUUAGUCGAGCUCUACGUUUGGAUAAAGGUGGUUGAAGUUAUGGCAGCUCAUACGACUACAGAACUUCGAAUGAUAUUUCAAAGAUCAUACGAUGAGAUCCAUUCGAAGAAACUGAGUGGGUCCCCUCCUCCCCGCAGUUUGUUGUGCGCGAGUGCUGUCAACGACAUGAUGGGCAUGGCCGUGUCAUACGCCAUCGCUGACCCAAACUUCUUCAAUGUGACGAAGCCCAAGGUGCAAACAAUGCUGUAUGAGAUGAAAAACUCACUAGCUCAUUUAGUAGGUAAAGCUAAAUGGAUGGACGAUGAUACAAAAUUAGCUACCUACCAGAAAAUAAUACAAAUGAAGACUCUCAUAGGUUUCCCUGAUUGGUUCAUGGAAGAUGGGAGGUUAGAAGAAUACUAUAGUGGUAUAGAAGUGACCUCCGAUACGCAUUUGAAAAAUAUGAUUCAAAUAAUACAAUUCAAAAUUAAGAAGGUUCUAAAUAAAUUUCGGGUUGGUAAUAAUUUUACAUGGGCCACGGAUCCAACUGAAGUAAAUGCGUAUCACACAUUUCAAGAGAACACUAUAACUGUACCAAUGGUAAUGUUACAAUACCCUUUUUUUGACUUGGGGUUAGACUCUCUGAACUACGGCUCCCUUGGAACGGUGCUGGGCCAUGAAAUAACUCACGGCUUCGAUAAUUUCGGUCGGCAGUUCGACAAGGAUGGCAACUUCCUGCCGUGGUGGACCAACGAGACGGUCGCAUCCUUCGUAAACAUGACGCAGUGCUUCGUCGACCAGUACUCUACCUUCUACGUGCCCGAAUUGGGGGAACAUGUUGAUGGUAAGAAGACUCUAGGAGAGAACAUAGCAGACAACGGCGGGGUGAGAGAGGCAUUCGCGGCUUUAAGGCAUCAUCUGCAUAAGCACGGGCCGGAGCCAAAGCUGCCCGGCUUCGAACACAUGACCUCAGAGCAACUGUUCUUUUUGUCGUACGGCAAUCUGUGGUGCGGCGUUUCGACAAAAGACUCCUUGAAGUCUGACCUGGAGGACGAACAUUCUCCGCAGCAGUUCAGGGCCAAAGGAGCACUACAAAACAACGAAGAAUUUGCCAGGUCUUUUCACUGCCCGCCUGGCUCACAGAUGAACCCGCCGACUAGAUGCAUCAUAUUCUGA